GUGUUGUGGCUGGCUCGUAUCGGCCGACACAGCAGCGUUUCACGAAACGUACCGAACAUUCUCGAACGUUUCAGCCGCCACAGCAGCGCUUCACGAAACGUAUCGUACCUUCUCGAACGAUCGGUCCGAUCUAUAUAACCGCAAACGGCUCUCUCCCUGCAUCAGUUUGAAUUCGUGAGUGACUCCCGUGCGGUUCGUAUUUCAACGAGACAUAUUGUUAUUGCGACUAUCGGUGUUACAGUUUACACACAUUUCACUUUACUGAGCGUGUUUGAAGACAAUUCAAAGAGUGAUUUUAAAUCGUUAUUGCGAUCGUACCUAUAUACUACAGUAUUAAUAGUUACAUUUGCGUUUUUGUUUCGUAUUAAUUGUGCGUGAAUAAAAUCGACUGCAGUCGACGAAAUGACCGGACGAACGGCGAUCGGUAUCGAUCUGGGCACCACAUAUUCUUGUGUGGGCGUCUGGCAACACGGAAAAGUGGAGAUCAUCGCCAACGAUCAAGGUAACAGGACCACACCGAGUUAUGUGGCGUUUACCGACACCGAACGGUUGAUCGGUGACGCGGCCAAGAACCAGGUGGCGAUGAAUCCCGUCAAUACGGUGUUCGACGCGAAACGUUUGAUCGGCCGUCGUUUUGACGACGAUAAGACACAGGCGGACAUCAAGCAUUGGCCGUUCACGGUGAUCAGUGAUGGCGGUAAGCCCAAGAUCCAAGUGGAAUUCAAAGGCGAACGGAAAGUGUUCGCGCCGGAAGAAAUCAGUUCGAUGGUGUUGACCAAAAUGAAGGAGAUUGCGGAAGCGUACUUGGGCCGUAACGUCACGGAUGCCGUCAUCACGGUGCCGGCGUACUUCAACGACUCUCAGAGACAGGCCACAAAGGACGCGGGUGUCAUAGCCGGUCUGAACGUAAUGCGAAUAAUCAACGAACCGACGGCUGCGGCCCUGGCGUACGGUCUGGACAAGAAUUUGAAGGGAGAGAGGAACGUGUUGAUAUUUGACCUGGGCGGCGGCACGUUCGACGUUUCGAUACUGCAGAUCGAUGAGGGUUCGAUAUUCGAAGUGAAAUCCACGGCGGGUGACACACACUUGGGCGGCGAGGACUUCGACAACCGACUGGUGUCUCAUUUGGCCGACGAGUUCAAGAGGAAGACCAAAAAGGACGUGCGUGCCAAUCCGAGGGCUCUGAGGCGGUUGAGGACGGCCGCCGAACGGGCCAAGAGGACGUUGUCAUCCAGCUCCGAAGCCACCCUGGAGAUCGACGCACUGGUCGACGGUAUCGAUUUUUACACUCGGGUGUCUCGGGCCCGUUUCGAGGAGCUGUGCGCUGAUUUGUUCCGGUCGACUCUACAACCGGUGGAGAAGGCGUUGGCGGAUGCCAAGUUGGACAAAGGAGACAUACAAGACGUGGUACUCGUGGGUGGUUCGACGAGGAUCCCAAAGAUCCAGAGUCUCCUGCAAAACUUCUUCUGCGGCAAGCCACUCAACCUGUCCAUCAACCCCGACGAGGCGGUAGCGUACGGCGCGGCGGUGCAGGCAGCCAUCCUCAGCGGUGACACGAGUUCUGCAAUCCAAGACGUGUUGCUCGUGGAUGUCACCCCCCUGUCGCUCGGCAUAGAGACCGCGGGUGGCGUGAUGACCAAAAUCGUCGAACGCAACUCCACUAUUCCGUGCAAACAAACGCAGACGUUCACCACGUACGCGGACAACCAGCCGGCCGUCACCGUACAGGUGUUCGAAGGUGAAAGGGCCUUGACAAAGGACAACAACCUGCUGGGUACGUUCAACCUCACUGGCAUACCCCCAGCGGCCAGAGGAGUGCCCAAGAUCGAAGUGACUUUCGAUAUGGACGCCAAUGGUAUUUUGAACGUUUCGGCCAAGGACAAUAGCUCUGGGCGCUCCAAGAACAUCGUCAUCAAAAACGACAAGGGCCGUCUGUCUCAAGCCGAAAUAGAUCGUAUGCUCAGCGAGGCCGAACGGUAUAAAGAAGAGGACGAACGACAAAAAGUGAAGAUAGCGGCCAAAAAUCAGCUGGAGAGCUACGUGUUUGGUGUUAAACAGGCGUUGGACGAGGCUGGCGACAAGUUGACCGAAUCUGAGAAGAACGCCGUCAAAAAGGAAUGCGAAGCAGUCAUCCAGUGGUUGGAUAGCAAUCAGUUGGCGGAAAAGGAAGAGUAUGAGUUCAAGCUAAAGGAAAUCCAAAACAGCUGUUCGGCUCUGAUGUUGAAGAUCCACGGCGCAGGACAACCCGGAGCAACUAACGCGCCUCCGGGUGCCAACGGUUUCCCUGGAGCCUGUCCCCGAGGACCUACCGUCGAAGAAGUCGAUUAAUAUUUUGUAAUUAUAAGUGAUCUGAUAUUUGUAAGUAACAUUAUCAGCUGUAUCCUAUAUUGUGUUUCCUAUACUAUAUUAUAAAGUACCUAUUAUAACUAAGUUUAUAUAGGAUGUAAGUUUAGAUUUAUCUGUCUAUUGAACUUCAUAAUUUAUUAUUAUUAUGUUUUCGGCAAAAUAAAUAUUUAUUCAUUCUUUAUUAGCUGUGUA